AUGGGAUCUUCCGAGUCCGACGAGCUCGGCCCCAUUCCCAAUCGGAAUGCCAGCCUAUCGGUCGAGAUUGAACCGCUGGCCUCGCCAGGCUUUGAUCACACAUCUGCGAGCUCUCCCGCUCUUGAAGACCCGGAUGCAAAAGCAUCGGCCGAUAUUCUGCCCCGAGAUCAACAGCAGAAGACCGCCACCUACGACUAUGCCUACGAGAAAUCAAUGAGCCACGCGGAGGCGAAACUGUUCUACCAGCACCACCAGCUCGCGUCCAAAAGUGGUGAAAAUACAGGACCGGUGAGCCCGGUGCCUUCGUGGCGCCCCAUGGGCGAUUCACACGACGACGUUCAAGCAAUGGCUACAGAGGUCAGCCCCCGGCAUAAGAGCCAUCCAGCGGGUAAAAGCUCCAUGGUGGUGGAGUCAGACUGGGAUCUGGAUUCAUCUACAGAUCAGGUUACCGACGGGAUCAUCCAUGGUAGCCAGCUGGCCGACCACUCGAGUCAGAACCACGCGGGACCCUCGGGGAUAACGCAUGGCCAAGGGCCGCACCUGUCGAGUGGAAAUAAUUCCCACGGAACUGGCCUAGGAAUCGUUUCCCAGGGGCCGGGCGGAGAUGCCAUCACCUCUGAAUUGCAUGCCAUCUAUCGCAAGAUCAAGGGCUUGUUGGAUCGACGUACCAAAUACCUAGCUCUGUCGCUACAGAGACCCGGCGAUGAUCCCAGGGACCGUCAAAAUUGGGAAAUCUACCCUCCACCACCCGAGCCUGCCUGGGACGAAGGGAAAGAAUACCAGCCUGGAAAUGUUGGGGGCCCGGCCGAUCUAAACGCGAAGAAGAGGAAGAUGGGGCAAGAUAUCGGUGAAGACUUCGACAUGGACGAAUUGAUUCCGCUGCCCGCCGAGUCCUCUUGGACUUAUCGUUUGGAUAGCAAUAGUGUCUACCAGGUGUUUGAGUCGGAAGCAGCAGCGGAUCGGCAUGAACCGACGGUCCAAAUCCCAUCCCUGCGUGAUUUCUAUAUGGACCUCGAUGCCGUCGUAGAUGUCUCGUCAGAAGGGCCCGCCAAAAGCUUUGCUUUCAAGCGCCUCUCGUAUCUUGAAGGCAAAUUUCAACUGUACACGCUCCUGAAUGAGUAUCAAGAGAUCGCAGACAGCAAGAAGGUACCACAUCGCGACUUUUACAACGUGCGCAAGGUAGACACCCAUGUUCACCAUUCGGCGUGCAUGAACCAGAAGCAUCUUCUGCGUUUCAUCAAAAGCAAAAUGCGAAAGUCUCCCGACGAAGUCGUUCUAUUUCGAGAUGGCAAGCAUCUCACACUCCGGGAGGUGUUUGAGAGUAUCAACCUAACGGCUUAUGACCUCAGCAUUGAUACUUUGGACAUGCAUGCACACACUGAUUCCUUCCAUCGGUUCGACAAAUUCAAUCUCAAAUACAACCCUGUUGGCGAGUCUCGUCUUCGUGAGAUCUUUCUAAAAACCGAUAAUUACAUCAAGGGCCGUUAUCUGGCAGAGAUCACCAAGGAAGUCAUCUCUGACUUGGAAUCCAGCAAAUACCAAAUGGUCGAAUGGCGCAUUUCGAUAUAUGGACGAUCCGCUGAUGAAUGGGACAAGCUCGCUGCCUGGGUGGUAGACAACAAAUUGUUCUCUCCCAAUGUCCGCUGGCUGAUUCAGGUUCCACGGCUAUAUGAUGUUUACAAGUCAAGUGGAAUGAUGGAGAACUUUGAGCAAGUCAUCGCAAAUGUCUUCCAGCCACUGUUCGAAGUGACCAAGGAUCCAUCUAGCCACCCUAAACUUCAUGUUUUCCUCCAGCGUGUGGUGGGAUUUGACAGUGUCGACGAUGAGAGUAAGGCCGAACGUCGAUUAUACCGGAAAUACCCCAUCCCGCGGGAUUGGAACACAAAACAGAACCCGCCGUAUACCUACUGGAUCUACUUCAUGUUUGCUAAUAUCGCCUCCCUCAACCACUGGCGACAACAGCGGGGUUUCAAUACCUUUGUCCUUCGGCCCCAUUGUGGAGAAGCGGGCGAUCCAGAUCACCUCGCUGUUGGAUUCCUCUGCUGCCACAGUAUCAGCCAUGGUAUUCUGCUGCGUAAGGUACCUUUGCUGCAGUACCUGUACUACCUGGACCAGAUUGGCAUUGCCAUGUCCCCUCUCAGCAACAACGCUCUGUUCCUCACCUACGACAAGAAUCCCUGCGCCAGCUUUUUCAAGCGUGGACUCAAUGUAUCGUUGUCAACGGAUGACCCGCUGCAGUUUGCCUUUACCAAAGAGCCUCUCAUUGAGGAAUAUUCGGUGGCGGCUCAAAUCUAUAAAUUCAGCGCCGUUGACAUGUGCGAAUUGGCCAAGCACUCUGUAAUACAGAGUGGAUUUGAGCUCUCAUUGAAGAAGCGGUGGCUGGGCUCAAACUGCAGCCUUCCAGGAUUUGCAGGCAACAAUGUCGCCAAGAGCAAUGUUCCGGAGAUUCGUGAAGCGUUCCGACAUGAGACCCUGCAGUCCGAGUUGUCACUAAUUGCACGGUAUUCCGAAGGAUCAGUUGCGGAGGAGCAGAAUGUCUUAGCCCCAGGUCUCUUACACACCGCUAAUCAGGCAUCUGCUAAGCCUGGGCCUCACGUUUCGCCCUAA